AAGAACUUGAAAACCUUGUUUAGCUCUCUUAACCAUUUAUUUGUCCAAGAUGCGUUACAAAUCGCACCACAAUAGCAGCGGGCUUACUACACCCGCCUCUUUUGUCGUCCAUUCGGUCCUUGUCUCCCCAAGUCAGUUGUGAAUCGACCGAAGCCCCGCACGCACGCACCAUGGCGCAAGAUAACCUCACCGCGAUGCUUUAUAAGCCUAAGGACAUGCAGCUGAUACAAACGCCGAUACCACAAAUAGCUGAUGAUGAGGUGCUACUGCGCAUGGACUGCGUGGGCAUCUGCGGCUCGGACGUGCACUACUGGCAGUCCGGCGCGUGCGGACACUUCUUACUCAAGGAGCCCAUGAUCAUGGGCCACGAGGCCAGCGGCGUCGUCGCCAAGCUCGGCGCCAAAGUGAAGACCCUCCAAGUGGGCGACCGCGUGGCCAUCGAGCCGGGCGUGCCGUGCCGGUACUGCGAGUUCUGCAAGACGGGCCGCUACCACCUGUGCCCGGACAUGCAGUUUUGCGCCACGCCGCCCUACCACGGCAACCUGGUGCGGUACUACAAGCACGCCGCCGACUUCUGCUACAAACUCCCUGACCACGUGACGAUGGAAGAAGGCGCUCUUCUAGAGCCGCUGUCAGUAGCGGUGCACGCGUGCCGACGCGGCGGCGUCACGGCGGGCCAUGGCGUCAUGGUGCUGGGCGCCGGGCCCAUCGGCCUGCUCAUCAUGAUGACGGCAAGAGCCAUGGGCGCUAGCAAGAUCCUCGUCACGGACGUGCUGCAGUCGCGCCUAGACUUUGCCAAGCAGAUGGGCGCGGACGCCACACUGCUUGUAUCGCGCGAUGACAAAGAGCCCGAUGUCGUCAGGAAGGUGCAUGAACUCCUGGGAGCCCACCCUGACGUCUCAUUCGACGCUAGCGGAGUCUCCGCUACAGUCCGCAUGUGUAUGCUGGCGACCAAAUCCGGCGGCGUGGCGGUACUAGUGGGCAUGGGCAGCCCGGAGCAGACGGUGCCGCUGGCCGGCGCAUUGGCAAGGGAGGUCGACGUGCGCGGCAUCUUCCGAUACGUCAACGAGUGAGUAGCGCGAGGGAAGCGAGGGAAUGUACUUG